AUGACACUGGUUUUGAAAUCUCUUGAUCCAAUUGAAAGCCCAAAAGCCCAAUCGGAAAACGAAAAAUCUCAAUCAGACAGAACACACCACCACUCACAACGAUACGAUCCGACGUUGAACCCUUCCUCUGUCUUCGCCGCCUUGUUCACGACGUUGAACCAUUGGAGCUCCGUUCACCUCUCUUUAUCCACUAAAUUCCACACUCCAUCCUUCUCUUCUCCUCCUCCUCUAUAUCGUUUCUUCUUCAGUAUCGAAAACACUUCUCUUCCCAUUUUGAGGAAUUCAACGAAGUCGCCGCGGCUUCUUCCAAAACUUAGUCGAUCGUACCUCAAGUACGCAUCAAAACAACUAACCAGGAAUUACAGUCAAGUUUGUCUUGCUACCUCGCUUUCUAAUGCUGUGAAGCAGACAAAGUUGUCUUCUUUUGACAUCCCAAAUUCAUACAUCUGUAGAAGACCUUCUUCACACUUCUUCGAAAACGUCAGGUCCCUUGCCACUUCAGCUCAGACGAGGAAGAGGGAAGAGGAAGUUGAAUCCGAUGGUCCACGACUCAAUGACAAGAUUAUUGCCGACACUGUCAGAUUGGUUUCCGAGGAAGGACACUGUGUUGUAUCGCUGAGAGAAGCCCUCAGGCGAGCUAGAGAGCUUAAGCUUGACUUAGUUGAGGUCCAGAAAGAUGCUACACCACCAGUGUGUAAAAUUAUAGACUACUCUCAUGAGAAGUACAAAAAAGCUAAAGUUGGAAAGGAGCGUGCUAAGGCCAAGCGAGCUGAAGUAACCAUCCGAUCUGAAGUCAAGGAAAUUCGAUUUACCCCAAAGAUUGAGGCAAAGGAUCUAAAGUUCAAAGCAAAGCAAGCAUUGAAAAUGAUGGAAAGUGGAUAUCGUGUAAAGUGCCUUGCAGUUCCUGACAAGGACAAGUCAAAGGAGCUUGAACCAGAGAAGCUGCUUGAGUUAUUAUCUCGCUUCACUUGCUAUCUCGGAGAUGCGCUUGUGGAAUUCGGGCCAGAAGCGAGCAGAGGAGACGCCGUUGUGGUGGUUAGAGACGCCAAGUUUGGCCCUCCCAAGAAAGGAAAGGCCAUAAAGUUGAAGGAUUUGAACAUGAAAACUUCAGCUAGGAUAAAAGACGAUACACCAAAGCUUGAUAGCUCGGAAGCCGGAGAGUCUACUGUUGAUGAUGAUCAAGAAGAUAUAGAGACGACGCAAGAACCUGAGCUUAAGUAUCCAAAAAGAGAACCACCGAGCAGUAGUGGCUUCUCGGGCGGUAGAGACGCAAACCGGUUUGAACCGCAGUCUCCAAACCAGCAUGUAAACCCCCAGCGUCCUCGGUUCCAAAACCAAGCUCCAAACCAACAACCUAAUGGGCGGUUCGAUCCUCAGUCUCCAAACCAGCCUCCACCGAUGCCUCGGUUCCCAAACCAACAACCUCCUGGCCGGUUUGAUCCUCAGUCUCCCAACCAGCCUCCAACUCCACCAGGGCCCCGGUUCUCUAAUCAACCACCUCCAAACCAACAACCUCCUGGCCGGUUUGAUCCUCAGUCUCCAAGUCCACCACGGCCUCGGUUCCCGGACCAAGCUCCAAAUCAGCAGCAACCCUCUGGACCAUCUCCAAACCGGCAAGGUCCUCCUCCACCUCGGUUCCAAAACCAAGCUCCAAACCAACAACCUCCCGGUCGGUUUGAAUCUCAACCACCAACCCCGCCGCCACGAGCUCCACCACGUCCACAAACACGGUUGCCUAACGAAGAUCCGAACCAACAACCUACUGGCCCUGGAAGAUCUAGUGGUCCUUCUUCAGGUUAUGAUUUGAGUAGCAGCUUUCGAGUUUCUCUCGACUCGCCGUUUUCUCUUUUGCUUCUUCGAGUUUUGUUACCCGAGAUUUCAAGCAUUGAGAGAGAGAGAGAGUGUGAACUGGAGCUGAAGUUAUUUGAGUAG